CAUUUGAUCAGAGUACGUUGAAAUUAACACCGAUAAUCACAGGUAUUUUCAAAUUCAUUUAACAGCUCGUUAGAUGCUCUUGUGAAUGGAUUUGACAUUCAUUCCAGCCAAAAAGAUGAACAACCACCCAAGUACAGGCUCUGGUCCAGUCAUUCCCUUACACCAGCAGCAUAACCAUACGAUCGUUCAGAUUCCUCAGCAGCCAGUGCUACCACCACUAAACCUGCCUUGUUCGGAUCUAUUUCGAGGAAAUAGAGGAGACUACAUCGAUGUUGGUGUUCCACUUUAUGAAGCAGCAAUCAAAGGGGAUUGGAAAGCUGUGAAACCGAUUCUUGACAAACAACUAGAUCUGAUCCGUUUUGCUAUCACCGAAAAUUAUGAUACACUGCUUCAUGUUGCAGCAUCAGCAGAAAGCACCAAGGCUGUGGAGGAAUUUGUGAUGAAUGUAGUAAACUUGAUGGAGGAAAAGGACUUGGAGCUACAAAAUAGAAAUUACGAUACCGCCUUCAGUUUAGCAGCUGCAGCGGGAAAUAAAGAAAUAGCAAUGACAAUGGUGAAAAAGAAUCCAAAACUGAUUGUAAUCCCUGGUAGAAAUACAAUGAUGCCACUCUAUAUGGCUGCUUUGUUUGCAAGACCUGUUAUGGUGAGGUAUCUGUAUGGUAUCUCAAAUAAUAUGACCGGCGAACAUUGGGAAGAUGAUAAUCGUGGUCAGGUCUUACAAAAAUGUGUUGAAGCUGGCAUCUUUGAUGUUGCUCUAAAAAUAGUGAAUGAUCACCCCAAACUUAUUCUCAAGAAGGAAUUAGUUGCUGAUAUUCUAUUAGCUUUGGCUAAGCAGACUGAUGCAUUUAAAGGGAGACAACCACAUGUUGUCUUGAGAAUCAUUAAGUCAACUUUUGCAGUGUUUCAUGUGAAGAAGGUAAAGCCCAGUGAAAUAGAUAGUGAAGCUCUGCAAUUAUUAAGAAUUAUUUGGAAGAAAAUUGCUAGAAUGCCUAAGGACGAGAUUGAUGACAUACUUACAGGGCCACCUGAACAGGUGGGAGAAAGAAUUAAUGCCUACCCUUUUCGGGUACUUUUUUUUGCUACUAAAAAGGGCAAUACACGUUUUAUAAUUGAGCUCAUUCGAUUAUAUCCUGAUCUAAUAUGGAAACAAGAUGACCAUAAAAGAACAAUAUUUCACAAAGCCGUCAAUCGUCGUCAAAUAGAGAUCUACAAGCUGUUAUAUGAGAUUGGGGCAAUGAAAGAUCUAAUAACUCCUAUUACAGACGAAAAAGGCAACAACAUGUUGCAUAUGGUUGCAAAGAGCGCAAAGCAGAAACGAUAUCAAAACGUGUCCGGAGUUGCUUUCCAAAUGCAAUCAGAGUUAUUAUGGUUCAAGGAGAUAGAGCAAAUGAUCCCACCUCAAUAUAGAGAACAAAAAAACAAAGAUCAAGAAACACCACAAGAUGUGUUCACAAAGAAACAUGCAUACCUAGUAACCAAAGGCGAGGAAUGGAUGAAAGAUACAGCAUCUCAUUGUCUAGUGGCAGCAACCCUCAUAGCCACCAUUGCAUUUGCAGCAGCUUUUACACUUCCUGGAGGAUACAACCAAAACAUCGGUAUCCCUUUCUUUCGCAAAGAACCAUCCCUAAUUAUUUUUGUUAUCUCAGAUGCAAUUUCUUUAAUAUCCUCAUCAACUUCAGUCCUCAUUUUCUUAUCUAUUCUCACUUCGCGUUAUGCGGAACGCGAUUUCUUGGAGUCCUUACCCAAAAAACUAGUAAAUGGUCUUGGAACACUCUUCCUCUCUAUUGUAACCAUGAUGGUUGCAUUUAGUGCGAGUUUCUUUCUACUUUACAACAAAAAGCUCGAAUGGGUGCCAAUCACCAUCACCGUUUUGGCUGGCAUUCCGGUCAUUCUAUAUGUUUUACUACAAUAUCGUCUUUUCAAAGACGUUUUCAAGUCUGCGUAUCAAUCUAGAUCUCUCUUUAAGCGCAAAAAACGUGUUCUUUACUAUUAAAAGCAUUGUAACUUUGUUUUCUUCCAAGCUUCAUAUACUAUACCACUAGUUUUGUAUUAUUCUUUGUCUAUCAGUUUCGUUUGUAGUUUGUUGUGCUCAUGUAACCGGUCAACCUUCAAUUGUUAUUUCAUUAAGCUAUUGUGAA